ACCAUGUCUAAAGCCACGGUGAAGAAGCUGCACUGGCGCUCCAAGGUGCAGGAGAGCUUCGUGCCGUUGGGCGGCGGUUCGGGCGAGCUGGGUUUGGCCAUCGGGGGCGGGGCCGACUACGGGGAGUUCCCAUUCGUCACGGCAGCCCCCGGAGGCGGGGCCACAGUGGGUGAUGUCAUCCUAGAGAUUGGGGGGACGCCCGUGUUAGGAAUGACACUGGGUGAUGUCAGAGGAGUCCUCAACUCCUGCCCUCAUCCAAUCAGAAUCAAGACUGUCUCACCAGGCUCGUCUCUCUGUAAGGACCUCAGGUUGUAUCUCAGUAAGUGUUUCACUCCGGGCUCCAUGGACAGUCAGCUGCAGCAGCUCAUCAGAGAGAACCUGUACCUGCGCGCCGUGCCCUGUACGACCCGGCAGCCGCGGGACGGUGAGAUCUCAGGUGUGGACUACAACUUCGUCUCCAUCGAGGAGUUCUUCUCCCUGGAGGAGUCGGGAGCGCUGCUGGAGAGCGGCAAGUUCAAGGGGAACUACUACGGCACGCCCCGCCCCGUCCACAUCGGGCCGGAGAGUCCACCAAUCACGUACCAGGAGCACCGCAACCUGCUGAGGAACUUCAGGACCCGCAGCAAGUCUCUGAGCAACCUGGAGAAAGCUGUGGAGGAGGGGGAGAACAGCGAGGAGGACAGCGGCCUGUCAGCGGGCUCAGUCGGAGCCCCGCCCCCUGCUCUGCCUCUCAGCCAAUCAUGGGAGUCGGCGCCAGGCAGUCGGGAGGUCAUGGAGAAUGGAGGAGGAGGAGGAGGAGGAAGAGGAGGAGGAAGAGGAGCUCCCCUGCCUGAGAACUGGGAGCUGGCGUACAGCGACUCUGGAGAGCCGUACUACAUCGAUCAUGUCUCCAAGACGACCAGCUGGCUGGAUCCUCGAGCUCAGAGCAAAGAGACGACUUCCUGUACGGAGCUACCAGAGUUCACGGAGCAGCCCAGCCAGUUAAAGGGAUAUUCCAUCCACACUCGUCUGUCUAAGGGCCCUCGAGGCUUCGGCUUCAACAUCGUCGGAGGAAGUCGGCCCCGAGAGUUCCUGCAGGUUUACAGCGUGACGCCCGGGGGCCCGCCCGCUCUCAACACAGCCGACAUCCUGGUCUACAUUAACGACACCUGCGUGCUGGGACUGUCCCAUAAGGAGGUGGUGGAGAUGCUCAAAUCAGUUCCCAUGGGUCAGAGCGUGGACGUGGUGCUGAGGAGAGGCUACCCGAUGCUCUACAACCCAGACGGCUGUCCCAAACAGAGCCUGGACCCGCCCACCCACCCCCCCGGCCUGGCUAAUCUGAACCGCGGCCUGCCACACCUCAACUACAGCCGGACGCUGGACGCCAACAGCAGCGCAGCAGGACUGGGACAAACCCCGCCCUCCUACGCUGUUCAGCCAAUGACAAACGGGCUGGCGGGCCCACCCACCCCCACCUCCUCUGACCCCCCUCUGGGCCCGCCCCCUGCUCCAGAGAGGACCACAGCCAUUCACAGCGACUCUGAUGGAGGCCCGUCCAACGCUGGGACAAGAAGGUCUUCUCUGAUUCGCUACAACAGCAGCUCGCUCCCCGCCCCCUCCUCCUCCUGCCUCCUGCACCACCAGAGCUCCAAGUCAUCAGAGAGCGACCUCUCUUGCUCCACGCUGCCCAUGUCCUCCUCCAUGCACCACAUCACCUCCUCCACGCUGCCCCUCACCUCCUCCUCCUCCAACACCCUUUGUAAACUGCCCCUCCCCCAGCCUGAAUCAGGACUUCUCCCAAACUCCACCAACACCACCACCACCAACAGCGCCUGCUCCUCCUCCGCCACACCUCCCGGUGCACCUGUCCAGCGGCCACCGAUGCCCCAGACCUCCCUUGCACUCACCCCGCCAAGGGAAGUCCCACCUUGUGGGUUUAAUGGAUGCCCGGCCAACCACCAAGCGCCCUCUUCGGCCUCCCGGCCCAGCCCAGGGAUGGUGCUGCCUCUCGGGGCUGGGUCUCCUGGGGCGGCGCCCGGUGGGGAGCUUGUCCCGGUGGCUCUCGGGCGCAGUGAGUGUGGUGGACUGGGAUUCAGUGUAACAGCAGGGGGGCAAGGAGGUCAGCUGGCGGUGGUGAGACGUGUCUGGGAUCGGAGGCAAUGCCCCUCACUGCAGCCAGGGGACGCUAUAGUCAAGAUCAAUGGAGCAGAUGUGCAGGGUCUCAGCUUUGCCCAGGUGCAGAGAGUCCUGCAAGAACACACCAAACAGGGGGAGGUGGUGCUGCUGGUCUACAGAGGAGGUGCUGUCUCCUCUCCAGUCGUCACCCCCAACCUCUACAAGCCCCUCCCCUCCCCUCUAAGCCCCACCUCCUCCUCCUCCUCUCACCCACCUGUUUCAGCCGACUUGCCUUCCCCAGCCUCGGGUGCCUUGGUGGGGGGCGUCCCCCCCCUCAGCCAGGCCGGCUCGGCCCUCGGGAGCCCCCCAGAGGGGGCCCAACCCACCCCAGGGACACACCAAGUGGCUCCUCCCACUCAGACGCCUAACGGGCCCUCGGCGUCGGCCCUCGUCCAGAGCACCAGCUUCCUGGAUUCGGUUCCUGUGACGCUGACCUUGGAGCCCCGUGAUUGGCUGGGAGUGGAGGAGAGCGCCGGGGGCCCUCCUCCAAUCAGAGCAGGAGAGGGAGGAGCCCUAGGAGCCAUGGCCAAGGACGGGCGAGGAGCGGGAGGAGGAGGAGGAGGAGGAGGAGCGAAGACGGUGGAGGUGGAGCUGCGCAGGAGGCCGGGGGAAGGCUUCGGGUUCGUCAUCGCCACCCAGGACGUGACCAACGGGGGUGAGUUCCUGUUAGCUAGCAGCCUGACCGGAAAGCCCCCCGCUGCACACCUGCAACCAGGAAGCUCGACUGAGAAUAGAGAGAGAGAGUCAGGUUUCUGGUUCAGGAUGUUGGAGCGACUGCAGUCGGCGCUGAAAACUGUCAAGGAGUCCAAACCCUCCUCUGUGCUGUCUCACCGCUUCGUGACGGUGCGGCGUGGCAGCCCGGCGGCGCGCAGCGGCCAGAUUCAGCCGGGCGACCAGCUGGAGGCGGUGGAGGGCCGGCCGGUCGUCGCCCUGCAGCACCGAGACCUCGCCCAGAUCCUGAGGAGGGCGGGCAACACCCUGCGGCUCAGCAUCGUGCCCCGACACAACUCGUCGGCUCUGCCAGAAGCAGCAGAUUUGGAAACUGAUGGCAGGUUGAUGAAAGCAUCCAGAGGAAGGUCAAAGGGCGAGUCCAGGUUCUACAGUGUGGAUCUGGAGCGAGGGCCGACUGGUUUCGGCUUCUCCCUGCGGGGCGGCAGCGAGUACAACAUGGGUCUGUACGUCCUGGGACUGAUGGAGGGGGGGCCGGCCCAGCGCAGCCACAAGAUCCAGGUGUCUGACCAGCUGGUGGAGAUAAACGGCGACAGCACGGCAGGGAUGACUCACAGCCAGGCGGUGGAGCAGAUCAGGAGGGGAGGACAUCGCAUCCACCUCGUCCUCAAGAAGGGAAACGGAUACGUUCCCGACUACGGCCCUGAAGAGGGCGCCCUCUCCCCCUCCUCCUCCCCAAACACAGAGGAGCAGGGUGUGGAUCCAGUAACCAAGACAACCGCCUCCCUCAACAGGCACACAGGAGGAGCAGGAGGAGGAGAGAGGAGGAGCGGGGGAGGCAGGCAGAGGAACGCCGGAGGAGAAACCAAACAACAAAAAGGAGGAAGAGGAGGGAGAGGGACUCCUGAUCUGGACCUGGACCUGAGCGAGGUAGACAGAAGGGAGGAGCGGGAGGGGAGAGAGGAGAAGGAGCAGGAAGCAGAAAGUGAAACCCGCCGCACAAAGCACUCUGGGAGUUCUGCGCCAGCGACCAAUCAGAGAGCUGCGUUCUCCUUCCUCAUGCCGCUGGACGACGCCGACGAGCGCCAGGCGUCCGACAGCGAAUCGGUGGCCAGCUUCUCCGAGGUCAGCCUAUCAGCAGCCAGCAUCGUGACCGGGGAGGCGGGCUCCGACUGGAGGGAGGACUCUGAUUGGAGGAGAUCUGAGUCGUCAUGGCGAUACGGGGACGUGCCCGGCCCCUGGCUGAAGCCCAGCCCCCAGAGACUCACACAGGUUCUGAUUGGUAGUCGGCUCAAGGGGAGGGACUUGGCGGGAGGGCUCUCUCUCUGAUUGGCUAAGAGCAAGAAUUCUCUCGGCUGUUUUUUAUUUUUGGUUUGGCUACAAGGGCUCUGCCUUCUCUGAUUGGCCCACUGAACUGGAAGACCCGCCCCUCUGUGUGGACAUCUCCGCUUUUGAUCACGAGGAGGAUCCUUCCUCUGACUGGCUGACCCAGAGGAGGCGGGAUUAGAAGCCUCCGUCUUUGAUUGGCCCGUCCUCAAACCCAGAUUAGCCAAUGACACAACAGCCCCGCUGCACACAGAACCGCCCACUUCACACCGUCCAAUCACACGCUCUGAUUUUACCCAUCAUCCUUCAGUACAUCCUCCCAUCAUGUCUGUGUUUGAACAGUCCAAACCAGAGAUGUGUCCGCCUGCAGGGGGCGCCACGGAGCCUGAGAGCGCCAGCUCUGCCUGCAGGGGGCGCCGCAGAGG